GCAGCGUCGCGUGAGGCCGUUCCUUUGUGUGCUCCAAGCCUGUCGUGACCAGUUCGAAGUUGACAGGGAAGAAAACCACAGUCGCUAGCAAGCGGACAUCCUCCCCCUGAGGCUUUUUUUCGCAUUCCGCAGAGCAAAGCGAACAUUACUUUUAAGCCGCCAUAAAUCACAUUCACGGAAAACCGUAAAAAAAAUAAAAGUAAGAAUAAAAAUAUGGAAUCCGAACAUCGUGUCCUCCGAUCUCGUCCGCGGAGCUUCUACCUUCCCUCUACCGAAUCCUCUCAGCCCGGCACCCCGAUCGUCGAUGAAUCUUCACCGCCGCCUGACUCUCUCGACCCGAAGCAAGAUGAUCUGACAUCCUCCCGGUCCAUGAUGAACCUGACCUCGCCCACUCUGUACGGGAUAUACUCGCCCACCGCGUUCGGAGGCGUGAGAGAUGAGUCCGGCACGCCCUGGGAUACCGGCGCGCAGACGCCCAACCUGCAGCCUUCCCCGCCGGUGGAAGGCCGGGAUUACUUCUCGCCCGCCGGCAAUGGGAUCUCUGAGCAGACCGUCCUGCAGGCGCACGUUGUCAAGAAGCAUGGGUUCAGGGGAUACGUGCUGCCUCUGAUCCGGAGGAGCGUGUUGCUGUUCUUGUUUGGCAUGGCGUAUGGUGGGAUCAUCACGCAUCUGCAUGGCCAUCCAAAUGUGGCCGGACGGGUGCCGGUGAACAUGGAGCAUAUUGAUCUUGAUCAGAGGUCGUUGGGAUAUCUGGCGCUUUGGGGCGUGGCGGGUGUUGCGUUGGGGAGUCUGCAGCCUUGGUUUGACCUUCUCUGGGGGGAUGAUUUGAUUGUCGGGAGAAGUCAGAAUGCGGCGAGGACGGCUAAGGGGAAUGGGCUUUUGGAAUGGAGCCCUAUGGUGAGGAGUAUUGGGGCAUUUGUGGGUAUUGCUUUUGCAAUCAGGAAGCUUCCCUGGCAGUCCACCCUACAAGUUUCCCUCACCCUCGCCCUCGCCAACCCUGUGCUGUGGUAUCUUAUUGAUCGCUCCAAGCCGGGAUUUGUCCUCUCCACAUUGGUCGGGAUAACUGGCAUGCUGGCCCUGUUGGGGAUCAAUCCUACGAUUGUACCUUCACCGGCGACCGCGUCGCUUUCGUCCCCACUUGCAGCUACUUCUCCAGACACUACGAUGAAUGGCGCCCCGAUACCAUCUACUACAAAUAUCAUGGGAAUGACCCAAGAGAGCGUUGCGGUGGGGACGUGGAUUGCUAGCGUGCUGUUCUGCAGCUGUGUAUGCUUUGGAAAUAUCGGCAGGAGGUUAGCAGACUGAAUAUCCAGGAGACCUGCGAGAACGUCCGAGUUUUCCUAACAGGCUUGAUCUGCUUCUUUUUUCACCUUUCGACGGUUUAUGACUCUAUCGUUAACUUAUUAUUAUUAAUCUGCAUUGUUACGGGUUUGGUUGAACGGCGGAGCGAGGAAUCGGGGACUUAUAGACUUCUUUUUAAGGCAUGGCAUCUCAGCCAGGUAUGGCUCUUGUAGCUCCUGUUCGGGGAUCGGA